CGAGAUCUUGCAAAAGUUUUGCGAGAUCUCGCAAAAGAUCCCGCUCCUUUUUGAUAGCAGUUCAGCUGAAGGGUGCUCCGUAGUGCGGACAUGGAGGAGGAUUUAGAAAAUUUUUUGCGGUCAAGAGAGGUCCCACACGACGACAUCGUGCACAUGCAACAAGACAAAGUGGAUAAGGCAGUGCUGUCCGUCAUGACUGAUGGAGAAAUGGCGAAAUACAUAAGGACAUAUGGUGACAGAGUAGCUGUCAAGUCUUUCUGUCAACAAACUAAGUACAGCACAGAUAAAGAGACUCUUCUGCAGAACCUAAGAGAUAAAAUUGCGGCACGGAAAGUAAGAUCAAAAACCAAAGGAGUGCUGUGUGGUUCAUCAGGCGUGUUCCACAAGCAAGGUGAAGGGAUGGCAAGACAGAGAAAUACUGCAGGAGAGAAGACCUGCAGAAAAAUAGAAAUCGGAUGGCUUCAUUUUAGCAGUAAUGAAUACCGUCAAGUGAGAACCAGAAAUGGUGGAGGAACAAGACAUGCAACUGUGGAAAAAACUACAACUGUAGCUAAGAUUUUGGAAAUGGGAAAGGACCUGUUUUUUCCAGAUGGGAACUCGCCAAAAGGGAGAGUUGAAGACUUUAACAUAGAUGUCUGUGAUUUUAAAAGAAAUUCGAUUCCUUUAGAUGACACCGUUGGCAAACUUUAUGAACAAACCAAAUUGAAGAUCCUGAGAUUUUACAUUUGCACGAAAGAUGAAACACCGUCAACAGUUCAGUCCUCAUCUGUAGAGGAUUUUUCUGUCAGCAUAACUGAAGAAGAUUCACCGGUGACAUUACUUGGAUCUGACAGUGAGACAGAUGAUUUUGUCCCAGAUCUACUUGACCAUGGGGAUUCAUCUGACAGUGACACUGGCAAACAGAUUCACAAUUUCCAGAUGGAACCCAAUCCAAAAAAACUGAAAUCACUCUGUGAGGCAGUCACAACACAAAGACAAGGAAAAUCACAUCAUAUGCAUUCAACCCCAACAGACAUUAAAAACACUGUCGUGGGACAGCGGCAGAAGAAUGACUCAAGUGAUCAUGAUUUCCCUGACCACUGCUCUGAAAUUAUUGAUCUGACCAGUAUAGUUCCUUAUAAAUCCUUCAAACUAGAGUCCCGGGACAAACUUCCAGAAGAUUUGGAAUUUCGUUUUCCAGACAUAGACGAAGCGGAUACGGUUCUAUGGAAUCCUGAAGAGGAUCUUGUCAGAGCAGAUGGUGAUGACACAGUUGUGAUAACCCUGAAUUGUGUCAACAGUGACGAUCUCACACAGAAUGCCGACACAAAUGGAUUACCUAUGGAUGGUUUCCUGCUCCCAUUGUCUUCAGCUAAUGGCUUGCCCACAUCCCAUAUGCAGUCAAUACAGGGGGAAGCAACCCAGAUUGCACAGGACCAUGGACUGAAUUUCAUCGCACAAGGUUUGCCUUUAGAUUCAAGCAGCCAACUUUCCCCAUCAAAUUCAGGAGACCCACAGAGCCCCCUACAUGUAUCAGUCCGCAGGAUAAAAGUUGUUGAUGAUCUUUUGGCUGUAUUUAUGGACAGUAGCAUUAUGAAUGAGACUUUAAAGAUGAACUUUGUAAAUGAAAAUGCUGUUGAUGAUGCUGGGGUGUCAAGGGAGGUUUACACUGCAUUUUGGGAGCAAUUUUUGGAACAGUGUGAAGGUGAAACUGAACGAGUUCCAAGGCUGAGGCCAGACUUUAGUGAGGCUGAAUGGCAAGCAGUUGGGCAGAUAUGGGUGAAAGGCUUACUAGACCAUGGUGUCUUUCCAGUGAGGCUGUCAAAGGCUUUCAUUUUAGCCUGCAUCCACGGAAUGGACUCAGUUGAUGUCGACAUUCUGAUUGCAUCGUUUCUCAACUAUCUCCCUCCUGUUGAGAGAUCUGCUGUCAACAAGGCUCUCCAAGGCACAAUGGAUGAAAAUGAUGAAGAGGACCUGCUUGAUCUUUUUACAAGGAUGGGUUCCCACUUCCUACCACCUAAGAACAACAUGCAGCCUGCCAUUGAAACAAUGGCUCAUAAGGCCAUUCUCCAAGAGCCAAAGUAUAUAAUGGAUUGCUUCUCCACACCCAUGGCGGCACGUCUGCAGCUGAAACUGUCAGGCAAGGAAAGUGUGUUGUCUCUGUAUGAGACAAAGAAGGCCACAGGCAAAAGACUAGUGCAGCUGUUUGAAACAACAAAAUUGAUGCUGUCUCACGGAGAACAGACAACCUUUAACCAUCUUCAGCGUUAUGUUAAAAACGCUGAUGAAACCAAAGCUGAGAAAAUCCUGCGCUUCUGCACAGGAUCUUCUGUGAUAUGUGUUGACAAAAUUUUGGUGUGCUUUAAUGCUGAAACUGGGCUCAACAGAAGGCCUGUUGCUCACACCUGUGGAGCUACCCUUGAAGUGCCAUGCACUUACAGUUCUUAUCCUGAAUUUCGCACCGAGUUCGACAAUAUCCUUUUCAGCAAUUACUUUGAAAUGGACAUCAUUUGAAUCUGAUGAGUGUACUAAUGGUUACAGCUGUAAUUGUUAUAUGUAUGAUUAUCCUUGAGUUCAUGAAUUCUGUCUUUUCUCAUUUGUCAUUGAAGCAUUUGAUAUAUUCAGCCGUAUAGUAAGCUGUCACACGUUUAACUUUCUGAUGGCUUAGUUGUAUGUUAGCUCCGAUUUCACAAGGACUCUUUAUUGUUUAAAAUUCUUUGAAAAUGACUGGAUCUUUAACUUCUGUUGAAAACAAGGUUUGAGUUUAUUGUUAGAGGGACAGAUCACAUCAAAAUGUGCUGUACACAUUAUCAUUGUUUUCAUUUACUCCUGCCAUCAGCCAGAAUAAAGGCUCGCUUUUGUUUUAA